UCCAGUAGAUGGCGGUACUGCACUAAGAUCGCAAGCUGCCAAUAAAAAUCACAGAAGAAGAAGAAAAAAGUAUUGCUGUGAGUCCUGUGGGUCCUGUGGAGUUAAGACUUCUGAGAAAACGUUCAGAUAUUGCUCGGGCCAAGAUGGAUGAUCUGACCAAAGCUCUCUCUGUUAGUUUUACUGUAUCCCAAGACCACAACAGUAUAUCAGCACCCCAUCCACGGCUGUGUCAAUACAAAAGUAAAUACAGUGCACUGGAGCAAGGAGAACGCCGACGGAAAUUCUUGGAUUAUCAGAAAACGAAAAGGCUGAACUAUGUCAACCAUGCUCGACGUUUGGCAAAUGGGGACUGGACUGGAGCAGACAGUGAAGAGGAGGAGACUGCAGAGAUGGAAGUGAAACCAAAGGGAUCUCAGGAGGAUGCCGAAGAUGAGAACAUGGAGAUCCAGAAGGCAAAAAAGUUGCCCAAGCAUUAUGCUAACCAGCUGAUGUUAUCAGAAUGGUUAGUAGAAGUGCCUGCAGAACUGGACUCAGACUGGUUGUUGGUGGUCUGUCCAGUCGGAAAGCGAUCUCUUGUCAUUGCCUCCAAGGGAUCGACAGCUGUUUAUACAAAGAGUGGCUACUGUGUCAACCGCUUUGCCUCUAUACUUCCAGGUGGAAACAAACAUAAUUCAGCUGUAGGAAAAGAUUAUACCAUCCUUGAUUGCAUUUUCAGUGAAGUUGACAGGACAUACUACAUCCUGGAUGUAAUGUGUUGGAGAGGUCACCCAGUGUAUGACUGUUCAACAGAAUUCAGGUUUUUCUGGCUUCAGUCAAAGAUGGAGGAAGAAGGGGGCCUGUUGGAAAUUACCAAGCAAAAUGCUUUUAAGUUUGUGAGCCUUCAGAGCACUACGUGCACAAAAGAAUCCAUCCAGCAAGCACUUGUCAAAGAGUACACCUUCAAUGUAGAUGGCUUCCUCUUCUACCACCGGCACACUCAUUAUACUCCUGGCAGCACCCCUUUAGUGGGUUGGUUAAGACCCUACAUGAUAGGUGAUAUUAUUGGCAUGGAGGUACCUCAGUGUCCCCUGACAUGUAAGCCAGAGUAUGCACAGCACCAGCUUCAGCAAAUACUUGAGCAAAAGACAAUUUCCAGUGAUGUCCAUCCAGCUGAGCAGAAUGGCCGGUAUGAGCUGGAACAUCUCUCUACACCUGAAACACAAUCCCUACAAAAUAAGAGAGAAGCACACAUGGACAUCUGAACACAAACGGUUAUGUCAGAAUACCUGCAGAUUAUAACCAUUAAGCACAGCAUGGUAACUUAAGGGAAAGGGAAGGUUCAGAAAUGUGGAUGGUGCUUUGCAAAUUCAGGCUUGCCUCAGAAUAGAGUUUACUUCAGAGGGAUAUUCUCAUGUUUUACCCAGGAUGAUGAUAUAAUUGUGUGUUGUUAGCCAACAUUUUAGUCUUCAUACUUUCAUUAUGGGGACCACUGUUUUAUAUGAAUAUGAAGUUUUAACUGGGCACUUUUUUAAAUAUUGGUUUAGAUUUUAAUCUUUUCAUUUUAUGUUUUGCUAAGCUUUAAUGUGCUUUUGAUGAUGGAUUGCAUCCUCACUAGUACAGGCUGGAAAUGUGAACUAUUUUACUUAUUGUGUGUCGGGAUAAGGAAAUAAAAGUCAGUAUUCAAACAAA